CCGUCGGUCGGUGCGGCGGCGGCGGAGCUGGCCAUGGCAGUUGCGGGUGGCGGGCUGGUGUAGCGCUGCGCGGGGCAGGCGGGUGGUGCCUGAGAGAGCCGGGGAUGGGGGCGCCGCAGCUGGACGCUCGCAGCGGCCUGGGCUGCUGACCGCGCACCCGGAGCCGGGAGCUGGUGGCGGCGGCGGCGGCGGCGGCGGCGGCGGGCAGUGUAUCUUCUAAUCUGAAAAAGUCUUCCAUGAAACUUCAUUUUUAAAAAAUAAGUAAUGCCAGCUGUUUUUCUAAAAGACUGAAAUGGGGGCUAUCAUUUCAAGAGCCCUAUGGUUAUGAGUGUGCUUCCGCUUCAUAAUGCCUCCUGCUAUGGCAGACAUCCUUGACAUCUGGGCAGUGGAUUCACAGAUAGCAUCUGAUGGCUCCAUACUUGUGGAUUUCCUUUUGCCCACUGGGAUUUAUAUCCAGUUGGAGGUACCUCGGGAAGCUACCAUUUCCUAUAUUAAACAGAUGUUGUGGAAACAAGUUCACAAUUACCCCAUGUUUAACCUCCUUAAGGAAGUUGACUCCUAUAUGUUUGCAUGUGUGAAUCAAACUGCUGUAUAUGAGGAGCUUGAAGAUGAAACAAGAAGACUCUGUGAUGUCAGACCUUUUCUUCCAGUUCUCAAAUUAGUAACAAGAAGUUGUGACCCAGGGGAAAAAUUAGACUCAAAAAUUGGCGUCCUCAUAGGAAGAGGUCUGCAUGAAUUUGAUGCCUUGAAGGAUCCUGAAGUGAACGAAUUCCGAAUAAAAAUGCGCAGAUUCAGUGAGGAAAAGAUUCAGUCGCUUGUGGGAUUGUCUUGGAUGGAUUGGCUAAAGCAAACCUAUCCACCAGAGCAUGAACCAUCCAUUCCUGAAAAUUUAGAAGAUAAACUUUAUGGAGGAAAGCUCAUCGUGGCUGUUCAUUUUGAAAAUUGUCAGGAUGUGUUUAGCUUUCAAGUAUCUCCUGAUAUGAAUCCUAUCAAAAUAAAUGAAUUGGCAAUUCAAAAACGUUUGACUAUUCAUGGGAAAGAAGAUGAAGUUAGUCCCUAUGACUAUGUGUUGCAAGUCAGUGGGAGAGUAGAAUACGUGUUUGGUGAUCACCCACUAAUUCAGUUCCAGUAUAUCAGGAACUGUGUAAUGAAUAGGACCUUGGCCCAUUUUAUACUUGUGGAAUGUUGCAAGAUCAAGAAGCUGUAUGAACAGGAAAUGAUUGCCAUAGAGGCCGCCAUAAAUCGAAAUUCAUCUAACCUUCCUCUUCCUUUACCACCAAAGAAAACUCGAAUUAUUUCUCAUGUUUGGGAAAAUAACAACCCUUUUCAAAUUGUUUUGGUUAAGGGAAAUAAACUUAACACAGAAGAAACUGUAAAAGUUCAUGUCAGAGCUGGCCUUUUUCAUGGUACCGAACUCCUUUGUAAAACCGUGGUAAGCUCAGAGAUAUCAGGGAAAAAUGAUCAUGUUUGGAAUGAACCACUGGAAUUUGAUAUCAAUACUUGCGACCUCCCACGAAUGGCUCGAUUAUGUUUUGCUGUUUAUGCAGUUUUGGAUAAAGUGAAAACGAAGAAAUCAACUAAAACUAUUAAUCCCUCUAAAUAUCAGACCAUCAGGAAAUCUGGAAAAGUGCAUUAUCCUGUAGCCUGGGUAAAUACGAUGGUUUUUGACUUUAAAGGACAGUUGAGAUCUGGAGAUAUAAUAUUGCACAGCUGGUCUUCAUUUCCUGAUGAACUUGAAGAAAUGUUGAAUCCGAUGGGAACUGUUCAAACAAAUCCAUAUACUGAAAAUGCAACAGCUUUGCACAUCAAAUUCCCGGAGAAUAAGAAACAACCUUAUUACUAUCCUCCCUUUGAUAAGAUUAUUGAAAAGGCAGCUGAAAUUGCAAGCAGUGAUAGUGCUAAUGUAUCAAGUCGAGGUGGAAAGAAGUUUCUUGCUGUACUGAAAGAAAUCUUGGAAAGAGAUCCAUUGUCUCAACUGUGUGAGAAUGAAAUGGAUCUUAUUUGGACUUUGCGACAAGACUGCAGAGAGAAUUUCCCACAGUCGUUGCCAAAAUUACUGCUGUCGAUCAAGUGGAAUAAACUUGAGGAUGUUGCUCAGGUGAUUGGCAAAGCCGAAGUAUCUCACAAAUACUCAAGUGACAAACCACAAGGCAGGCAGCAGCUUCAGGCACUACUUCAGAUUUGGCCUAAACUGCCCCCCCGGGAGGCCCUGGAGCUUCUAGAUUUCAACUAUCCAGAUCAGUACGUACGAGAAUAUGCUGUGAGCUGCCUGCAACAGAUGAGUGAUGAAGAACUCUCUCAAUAUCUUUUACAGUUGGUGCAAGUUUUAAAAUAUGAGCCUUUUCUUGAUUGUGCCCUCUCUAGAUUUCUACUAGAAAGAGCACUUGCUAAUCGGAGGAUAGGGCAGUUUUUAUUUUGGCACCUUAGGUCAGAAGUGCACAUUCCUGCUGUCUCAGUACAAUUUGGUGUCAUCCUUGAAGCAUACUGUCGGGGAAGCGUAGGUCACAUGAAAGCGCUUUCCAAGCAGGUUGAAGCACUCAAUAAAUUAAAAACUUUGAAUAGUUUAAUCAAAUUGAAUGCAGUGAAGCUAAACAGAGCCAAAGGGAAAGAAGCAAUGCACACUUGUUUAAAACAAAAUGCUUACCGGGAAGCCCUCUCUGACCUGCAAUCACCUCUGAACCCAUGUGUUAUCCUCUCAGAACUCUAUAUUGAGAAGUGUAAAUACAUGGAUUCCAAAAUGAAGCCUUUGUGGCUGGUGUACAACAACAAGGUGUUUGGUGAGGAUUCAGUUGGAGUGAUUUUUAAAAAUGGUGAUGAUUUGCGGCAGGAUAUGUUGACACUCCAAAUGCUGCGCUUGAUGGAUUUACUCUGGAAAGAAGCUGGUCUGGAUCUUCGGAUGCUGCCUUAUGGCUGUUUAGCAACAGGAGACCGCUCUGGCCUCAUUGAAGUUGUGAGCACCUCUGAAACAAUUGCUGACAUUCAGCUGAACAGUAGCAAUGUGGCUGCAGCAGCAGCCUUCAACAAAGAUGCCCUUCUGAACUGGCUUAAAGAAUGUAAUUCUGGGGAUGACCUGGACCGAGCCAUUGAGGAGUUUACCUUGUCCUGUGCCGGCUACUGUGUAGCUUCUUAUGUCCUUGGGAUUGGUGACAGGCAUAGUGAUAACAUCAUGGUUAAAAAAACUGGCCAGCUCUUCCACAUUGACUUUGGACAUAUUCUUGGAAAUUUCAAGUCUAAAUUUGGCAUUAAAAGGGAGCGAGUGCCUUUUAUUCUUACCUAUGAUUUCAUUCAUGUGAUUCAACAAGGAAAAACAGGAAACACGGAAAAAUUUGGCAGGUUCCGUCAGUGUUGUGAGGAUGCAUAUCUGAUUUUACGGCGGCAUGGGAAUCUCUUCAUCACUCUCUUUGCACUGAUGUUGACGGCAGGGCUUCCUGAGCUCACAUCAGUCAAGGAUAUACAGUAUCUUAAGGAUUCUCUUGCCUUAGGGAAGAGUGAAGAAGAAGCACUCAAGCAAUUUAAGCAAAAAUUUGAUGAGGCACUCAGGGAAAGCUGGACUACUAAAGUGAACUGGAUGGCCCACACAGUUCGGAAAGACUACAGAUCUUAACGAUCAUCCUUUGCUCCUAAUGUAUUUGUUGGUUUUAUUUACUUUUCAUUUUGCACUUGCACUAAAUUGAACAUGACCCUGGCAGAGAUGUUAUAAAGGGAAUGAAAUCCUGGAAUCCAGAGUUAAAUUAAGAACAAGGCAUCCCACAAAAACCUAAUCUGAACAAUCCCUGAUGACCACCCUCUGCUUUUUGAAUGCUUCCAAGAUUCAUCAUGAAAACUGUCAACAUUAUGGAUAAUCAUUUCCUGCUGACUUUGCACGCCAAGGAAUGCUACUAGAGAUUGUUUUUUGUCUUUUUUUUUUUUUUAAGUAUUUGGUACUUUUCUGGAAAGGUGUAAAUACUUCUUUUUCCUAUUGUGACCAAGUGUUAUCACUCAGCCAACUUAUCCACACCAGGGGACCAGUAGCUGUUCUUACUUUCCAAAUGAGGCUUAAAAGAAACCUUUUUUUCUUCCUUUUUUAAAUUGUAUAAAUUACAAAUUAUAAUUUGAAAUUAUGAUUAUUUUUCAAAAGAAAUCUUUUACACCUGUGGAAACAUUAAUUCUUUUGUUGAUAUUUAUCUACCAUGAUAGCAUCAUCCCAGCCAGACUUGCUGAAAAUCUACUUGGUGAGGCAAAUAUAAUUUAUGCUGCAUAUAUAUUUAUAAAAUUUCUAGCGGGAGUUCUAUAUAAAAAGAUGUUAUUUUGAUUUUCUGCAGCCUGUGUUUUAAAGUUUUACAAAAGCAGAGCUUUUUCCUAAGUUACUUUUUAGUUAACUAUGUGAUCCAGUUCUUCCAGCUGCUUCUAUAAUGAGGCACAUAUUAAUACAGUUUUUACAUGGUAUCUAUGAAAGACUUCACUUCAUAGAGCAUUAAUACUUGAGCAAAUGUAUCCAAGACAGAAAGCAAAUGAAAAGGAAACUAUUUAUAGAAUAAAACUCCAGGCCUAAAAUUCAGUAUUUUAGUAAAAUGCCAGCUGUUCUUACUGUAUUUAUUAAAACUUGUAAUAAUGUGAUUUUUCAAGGAUAUUAGUUCAAAUUGAAAUGUUUCAUGCCACAUGGAAUUCUUUAAUUUAUUUGUUGAGGUACCAUAUAUUUAGGGUGCUAGAUGGCAGAUGAUGUUAAUAUGUGCAAUAGGAACUACUGGCUUGAAUGUGUAAAUGGAGGCUCUUUCUGAGUACUGGCAACAUCCAGCAAAACUAUUGCUUAUUCUCGAAAGACUAUUGGGAGCUCUCAAUCCUCAAUGACAUGGGAAAGAGAACUGAGUAUUUGCCCUGUGACUGAGUUUUCUAUAGGAAUUUUAUUAUUAAAGAUUGUUUAAUUUUGUUGUCUUCCUUAAUGUUCUCAGUCAAAUAAAUGGGUGAGCUGGUUUUGGCUGCUCUUGGGAUG